AUGCCAGCUGUUGUCCAUGGCUUUAAUAACCUGACCAAUGAUGAAUUCACCACACUGGUGGCAGCAGGGAGCAAGGAGCUUCUGGAAAUAGUGCUCACAGUACUUCCUUCCCUCAAACUCAUAGAAGAGUCCUUCUGGGAACUGCUGGAAGCACUGGGCACACACGAAGCACUGUUCAUGGUACAGCUCGCCAUUACUGUUCACAAUCUUCUCGGCAGGUGCGCAGCCCCCAUUGCAGGGCUCACUCGUAGCGCUGGCCAAGGCAUUGGCCAUACUGCUGUUGGUUAUUCCUGCCGCCAAGCCCAGCAUCUCCAUGGUCCACGCGGGGUCCUCCUGUGCCUUGGUCCCCAACACCGCCGUGGCCGCACCCUCUUCCCUCGCUGUCCUGGCGAGCUGCCCAAGCCUGCCGCACUGGGACCCUAUCUCUCAUCUCCAGUUGGCCUGCAGCAGACUCGCCUUCCAACUCACCAAUCGCUCGACACUCCAUCCACCAUCAACGAUUGGACAAGGUCUCUCCUGGUUUUAUUUGAAGAUGCUACCGCCAUUUGCAAUUACACGAACCAAUUGUAUCAAGCUAUGCAUCAGAUUGAUGAUGCACAGAAUGAAUUAAGUGCAGCAACAUAUCUGACUUCGAAACUUUUAAAAGAAUAGGACAAACAGCGUUUUCCUUUGGGAGGUGAUGAUGAAGUUAUGAGGUCUACUUUACAGCAGUUUUCAAAGGUGGUAGGUAAGCUUAGUUCUUGUCAUGCGGUACUUUCAACUCAACUUGCUGAUGCUGUGAUGUUCCCCAUUUUCCAGUGUAAAGAAAGAGAUCUGAAAGAAAUACUGACACUAAGAGUUAUUUUAGACUGCAAUAAACCAGGUUUGGUGUCAUCUAUCUGUGACAGACAGCUUUACUUCCCGCAGGGUGGAAACUUAAUGAGUCAAGCACGUGGAGAUGUGGCAGGAGGCCUGGCCAUGGAUACAGACAACUGUUCAGUGAUGGCUGUGGACUCUGAAGACAGGAUUUGUUUUCAGAUCAUUUCCUUUGAUGGAAAAACAUCUUCAAAUUUGCAAGCAGAGAGUAAAACAGACCAUGAAGAGUGGAUUUGUACAAUAAGCAACAUAUCUAAACAAAUAUACUUGAGUGAAAACCCAGAGGAAGCUGCUGCACGAGUAAAUCAGUCUGCUCUGGAAGCUGUCACUCCUUCGUCAUCUUCCCAGCGGAGACACGAGAGCCUGUGUCCAGCAGGACAAUCUCAGCCACCAACUGCUCGAACCAGCAGUUCAGCAUCCUUGGGAUCAGAGUCUACAAAUUUGGCUUCCCUCUCUCUUGUUGCCCCAGAUACUCCAAUACCGUUUGAUAUAAUUUCUCCGUGUGAAGAUCAGCCUGGUCAGGCAAAAGCCUUGUGCCAAGGAGGCAGGUGAGCGAUGAUGUCACAAAGACAAUGUGAUUCUAUUUAUGAUGCAUUUAUGCAUCAGCUAUGCUGUCUUUCAUAUACUUGCCUGACAGCAUUUUCAUGGUUAGGAUAGACCAAUACAGAUUCUGUUUUUUUCCUUUUUUAGGCUUCUGCAUCAAUCAAAGACGUUAGGAUAAUCAAAUGUCCAAAAUGUAAUACUGAGUUGCUUGAGUCUAUUACUUGGGCAUUUUCCCUGUCAAUUAUGGGAGAAGGGUCAGUUCUAUCUUUAGGUUGUGACACUAUUUUAAAAAUUCUAUGUCAGAAUAAGAGGCUGGGAAUGUAGCUUAGUUGGUAGAGUGCUUGCCUCUCUAGCACCACAUAAAACCUGCUUAUGCUUAUUAGCUCAUGCUUGAAUCAGAAGCCCCAGUUGGUCAGGCGGCGCAUGCCUUUAGUCCCAGCAGAGGUAGAGGCAGGCGGAUCUCUCUGAGUCGAGGCCAGCCUGUUCUACAGAGCGAGUUCCACGACAGGCUCCAAAGCUACACAGAGAAACCCCAUCUCGAAAAACACAACAACAACAAAAAGGAAGCUCAAGGUGUUUUGGCUACGUAGCAAAUUCUAGUCCAGUUUGUACUAUAUGAGAUCUUGUCUUUAUGAUGUUAAUGAUGAUGAAGAAUGCUCUUGAGGCCAGGAAGUGGUGGCACAUAUCUCCCAGCAGCCAUACCAGUUAGCCAUAGAGGCCAGGCAGUGGUGGUGCAUGUCUUUAAAUACCAGCAUUAGAGAGGAAUAUAAGGUGGGAGGAGACAGGAGUCAGUCUGCAGUAACCCCGAGGACUGGAUCGCCCCUUCCCGAGCCUUGGUAGAGGUAAGAACUCUCUAGUGGUUGGCUGCUUUGCUUUUCUGAUCUUCAGCUAGCUAGCGUUAUUUGUUAGAAUAUAAACAAAAUAAUCACCUCAAUUACUGAAUCUUGAUGAUGAUGAAGAGGAGGGAGAGGAAGAAGAAUACUUUAGUCAAAGUGCUCAAUUUUUUAAGGGAGACUGGCUAGAGAAAUGGCUCGUACUGUUCCUGCAAUAAGUCAGGUUCAGUUCAUAGCACCCACGUGGCAGGUCACAAUUAUCUAUGACUCUGGCCUCAGAUUCCUGAAUGCAUGUGGUACACAGUAAUUUAUAUAGACAAACAUGCAUACACAUAAAGAAAUCAACUAUGGUGAAUCAUUUAUUAAGGCGGUUGGGCACUUUAAUACAUUAAGUUUGGAUAUGACAUUGAUAUAGUCAUGAAAAUGUUUAAAUAUGCUAAGUAUGUAUAGCAUUUGAUAUGAUAUGCCAGACUGAUAUGAAAGAGAUCAGUAUUGGGGUGGAGAGAUGGCUCAGUGGUUAACAAUAGUUGCUCUUGCAGAGGACACAGGUUUGGUUCCCAACACCCACAUGGUAGCUGGUAACCAUCCAUAACUUCAGCUUCAGGGUAUCUGAAGCCCUUUUCUCACCUCCACAGACCAUUAACGAACACAUAAAUAUACCUAAAAUAAGAAUAGAUGAAUGUUUUUUUAAUUGGCCAAUACCUUAAUCCUCUUUUUUGUGUGUGUACGUGUGUGUAUACAUGUUAUAUAUUUACAGAUGCACACAUAGAUUUUUGUGCAUGUUUGUAGAGGCCAGAGGACAAUUCAGGUGUUUUUCCAGUGCUGCUACUCAGCCCUUUACAUUUUCUUGGUUUCUGUAGUUACUCCAGGGUGUGUGCUCACAUCUGAACACUUGGAGCUAGGAACCUCAGAUGAGAGAGAGCAUGUGAUGUUUGUCUUUCUGCAUUUGGGUCACUUUGCUCAAUAUGAUCUCUUCUAAUUCCAUCCAUUUACCUGCAUAAUUCAUUUCAUUUUUCUUUACAGUUGAAUAGUGUCUCAUAGUGUAUAUGUACUGCAUUUUUAUUAUGCAUUCAUCAGUUGAAGGACAUUUAGGUUGUUUCCAUUUCAUAGCUUUUGUGACUAUAAUAGCAGUGGACAUGCCUGAACAGGUAUCUGUGAAGUAGGAUGCCAAGUCCUUUGGGAAUAUACCAAGGGAGUGGCCUAGCUGGAUCAUUUGAUAGAUUUAUUACUAGCUUUUGGGGAAGUUUCCACACUGAUUUCCAGGUUACUUGGACCAGUUUGCGCUCCACCAACAGUGAAUGAGGUUCUUUUUCCCAUAACAUGUCCUCUGGCCUUUGUUGCUUAUUGAUCUUUGCCAUUCUGACUGGGGUAAGGUGAAAACCUCAAAGUUGUUUUGAUUUGCUUUCCCUAUUGCAAUGAAUAUUUUUUGAGAUAUCUCUUAGUCAUUUUUUUUCUUCUUUUGAGAACUCUCUCUGUUCAGGUCCCAAGCCCAUUUUUUGAAUGGGCCAUUUGGUUUCUGUUUUUGUUUUUUAACCCUUUGUUUUUUGAGUUCUUUAUAUAUUUUGGAUAUUAAACCUAUAUAAAUGUAUAGUUAGCCUCCUCUUUAACAGUUCUUUUCUUUAGUUGUGUAGAAGAUUUUUAUUUUUAUGAAGUCCUUUUCACUUGUCUUUAGCUCUUGGUCAAAUGGAAUCUUGUUUAGAAAGUCCUUUCCUACAUCUAUUAUGCACAAUACUGCCUGUGUUUUCUUCUAGCUGCUUCAGUGUUUGGGCCUUCACUUUUAGGUCUGUAAUCUAUUUGGAGUUAGUUUUGUGCAAGGUGAUAUAGAUAGGGGUCUAAUUUCAUUCUUCUCCAUGUGGACACCCAGUUUUCGCAGCACCAUCUGUUUAUUUCAGUGUAUGCUUUUAGCAUCUUUGUCAAAUAUUACAUGGUUUAAAUUACAUGUAUUCAUGUCUGAGUCUUUGAUUUUACUUCCCUGGUCUACGUAUAUGUUUGUGCGGAUACCAUAUUGUUUCUAUUACAGUGGCUCUGUAAUGUAUCUUAAGAUCUGGAAUUGUAAUCCCUCUAGCAGCGUUCUUUUUGCUCAGUAUUGUUUUGGCUCUCCAGAGUUUUUGUGGUUUCCUUAUGGAUUUUAGGGUAUUUUUUUCUUCUAUUCUUGUGAAGAAUGAAAUGGGGAUUUUGAUUGGGAUUACAUUGAAUCUAUAAUAGCUUUUGGUAAAAUGAUUUUUUCACAACAUUAAUUCUAUCAAUCCAUGAGCAUGGGAGGUCUCUUCCAUUUUCUAGGUUUUUGUUUUGUUUUGUUUAUCUCUUUGUUCAGAGGUUUAGAAGUUUUUAUUGUAGAGACCCUUCACUUUCUUGGUUAUGUUUAUUCCUAGCAAUUCAUUUUCUUGGAGGCAUUUGUGAAUAGGAGUAUGCCCACGAUUCCUUCCUCUGUGUGAUUGCUGGUGGUGUGUAGAAAAUCUAUUGAUUUGUACAAGUUGGGUUCUGUAUUGGCUACACUGCUGAAGUUGUCAUUUCUAGAAGUUCCCUAAUAGAUUUAAAAAAAUUUUUUUGUUUUGUUGAGACAGGGUUUCUCUAUAUUGCUUUGGAGCCUGUCCUGGAUCUCUGUAGACCAGGCUGGCCUCAAACUCACAGAGAUCCGCCUGCCUCUGCCUCCCGAGUGUUGGUGUGUACCACCAACGCCCAGCUGAAAUUUCUUAAUGUAUAAUAUUAUGUCAUGUGCAAGUAGGGAUAGUCUGACAUCUUUCCCUGUUUGUAUCCCUUUAAUUUCCUUCUCUUGUAUUAUUGCUCUAGCUAGUGCUUUGAGCACACUAUUGAAAAGGAGUUGGAAAGUGGAUACCCUGUCUUGUUCUUGACUUCAGUGGGACUGCUUCAAGUUUUUCUCCAUUUAGGAGGUUGUUGACUGUGGGCUUCUUAUAUGUGGGCUGUGGGCUCUUAUUAUGUUGAGAUGUGUUCCUUCUAGUCCUAUUCGGACUUUUAUCUUAAAGGCAUGUUGGAUUUUGUCAAAGGAUUUCUUUCUGCAUCUAUUGAGAUGAUCAUGUGAUUUUUGUCUUUAAGUCCAUUUAUGUUUAUUACAUUGGUUUACUUGCAUAUGUUGAACCAUCCCUGCAUUUUAGGGAUAAAGCCACUUGGUCAUGGUAUAUAGUCUUUUUUAUCCUUAGUAUUUUAUUGAGAAGUUUUGAAUCUAUAUUCAUCAGAGAUACUGGGCUGUGAUUUUCUCUUUUUAUUAUUGUUGUUUUUACCUGUUUGGAUAUUAGUGAGAUACUGGCUUCCUAGAUGGGGUUUGGAAGUGCUCCUCUGAUGAGGCUUGGGAAUGCUCCUCCUGUUCCCAAUUUUUUAAUAGUUGAAGAAGGACUGGCUAUAGAUCUUUGAAAGUCUGGUAGAAUUCUGGUGCGAAUCCAUCUGGCUCUGGAAUUACUUCUGGAAAGCAUCUUAUUACAAUUUUGAUCACUUCAUUUGUUGUUUAUAUGUUUUGCUUGUUGAGUUCUUGUUUUAAUUUUGGUGGUUUGGCUGAAUCUAGAAAUUAUUUAUUUUUAAGUUUUUCAGGUUAAUGGAGAACAGGUUUUUGAGAAUAUUCCCUAACAAUAUUCUGAAUUUUUUUUCAUGUCAUAAUAUUUCCCUGUUCAUUUCUGAUUCUGUUAAUUUGGAUCCUCUCCUUUUUUCUUCUGGUUAGUCGGGCCCUAGCAGGUGUCUGUCAAUCUUGUUUUUUUUUUCUCAAAGAACUACUUCUUAGAUUCAUUGAUAUUUUUGUAAUUUUUUAUAUUUCAUUGAUUUAUUUCUUGCUGUCAACUGGGUUUGAGUUUGGUUUGUUCUUGUUUCUCCAUUUUUUUUGUUUUUGUUUUACAAGAUACGGUUCUCUGUGUAGCUCUGUCUGUCCCGUAACUCACUCUGUAGACCAGACUGGCCUUGAACUCAGAGAGAUCGACCUGCCUCUGUUUCCUGAGUGCUGGGAUUGAAGGUAUGCACCACCAUUGCCUGGCUGGCUGUUCUUCCAAAUUUUUGAGGUAUAUCAUUAGGUUACUGUGCUCUGUCUGAUUUUUUAUUUAUUCUUAUUUUACAUACAUUAGUGUUUUGCCUGUAUGUAUGUAUGUAUGUAUGUUCUAGAA